GCGUCGCGAUCCGGACGGCUUGCUGUACCGCUGCGCCGGCGCACUCGUCACCAGCGCCCACGUCAUCAGCGUGGCACACUGCGUCGAAGGCAUUCCGGUCGAUGAGCUCCUGGUCGACCUCGACGUCUAUGACCUGUUGGAGGACUAUGGCCAGGAUUUCGUCUCGAAAGUUUCGGCGGUCGUGAUGCAUCCAUCGUACUUCUCAGGUGACCAGCGCCACGACUUGGCGGUACUGCGCCUGGCUACGCCUGUGGCGGGUUACCAUCUGGCCGUGCGGCCCGUCUGCCUGCCGCCGCCAGCCCUGGCCACCGAAAACGGAGACGUUUGCUGGGCUUCGGGAUGGGGAAGAGACGUCGUCCAAUAUGACUCGACGACAGCGCCUCUGGCGGACGUCGUGGUACACUUCACUUCGACCGGCGUCUGCCAGCUGACUCUGGCAUCGAAGGAGCCGCUUACUUACCUGUGGUCGGGGCUUUGCCUGCAGGCAGUUGACGUCGAUGGUGACCUCUGCAAGCUCGACCCGGGCUCGCCGGUGGUCUGCGCUUCUGGUGGCCGGGGCGCCACGUUGGCCGGCGUGGUCUCGUGGGCGCACCGCUGCGCCGGUCGUCACCACGCACCUCUGAUCGUCGCCACGGCCAUCGCCUCACAUCUGGACUGGAUCGGUGCCGCGCUCCAGACGUGACGCUUACGGCGAUCGGAGAGUGGAUGAGAGGGGGGAGGGGGACGAAGCACACGCGUGGUUUAGAGCCCCGUGCACGUCUGAUCGAGGAAUUCUUUAUAAAUGAAAAGUCGAUGAAAAAUACGUGCAAUGUGCCUGUCUACAUACACGUCGAGGAGCUUUUGAGUCCGCACUAACUCAACUAUUUUCAGCGGUUUCCAGUAGCUCAGUUCAGCUGCACGCCAACGCCCCUCGUGGAGGUUGGUAGCACCGCGGCUUUCAUGGCUGCAGCAUAGUGUUGCUCUCGAGAACGCUGGUUCGCAAAAGAGAGAGGUUGUUGGUAGCGCCUGUGGUAAGAAACAGGGGAAGAAACAGACCUGUAUGAUGUAACUGGACUACAAUAUGCUGCGGUGAAGCUCGUUUACGGCGUAUGGCUUCUCGAGCAAGACAAGGUAUCGAUCAAAGUGGCUAUUCCAGAAUACAUUA